CAGGCGCGAUCCAGGACAGAGAACAGCCCAUCUUCACCACCCGAGCGCACGUCUUCCAGAUUGACCCCAGCACCAAGAAGAACUGGGUGCCCGCGAGCAAGCAGGCCGUCACUGUUUCCUAUUUCUACGAUGUCACCAGGAACAGCUAUCGAAUCAUCAGUGUUGACGGAGCCAAGGUGAUCAUAAACAGCACCAUCACCCCGAACAUGACGUUCACCAAAACCUCCCAGAAGUUCGGGCAGUGGGCGGACAGCAGAGCCAACACAGUGUUCGGUUUGGGAUUCUCCUCAGAGCAGCAGCUCACGAAGUUUGCAGAGAAAUUCCAGGAGGUAAAGGAAGCUGCCAGACUCGCCAGAGACAAGUCCCAGGAGAAAAUCGAGACCUCGAGUAAUCAUUCCCAAGAAUCUGGGCGUGAAACCCCAUCUUCCAUCCAGGCAUCCAGCGUCAACGGGACGGAUGAUGAGAAGGCCUCGCAUGCGAGUCCAGCUGACACCCACCUCAAGUCUGAGAACGACAAACUGAAGAUCGCUUUGACACAGAGUGCUGCCAAUGUGAAGAAGUGGGAGAUUGAGCUGCAGACCCUGCGGGAGAGCAAUGCCCGGCUGACCACAGCCCUGCAGGAGUCGGCGGCCAGCGUAGAGCAAUGGAAGAGACAGUUCUCCAUCUGCCGAGAUGAGAAUGACCGGCUCCGCAGCAAGAUCGAGCAGCUGGAAGAACAGUGCAGUGAGAUAAACAGGGAGAAGGAGAAGAACACCCAGCUGAAGAGCAGGAUUGAGGAGCUGGAGUCGGAGCUCCGAGAAAAGGAGACGGAGUUGAAAGAUCUCCGGAAACAAAGUGAAAUCAUACCUCAGCUCAUGUCCGAGUGUGAAUAUGUCUCUGAGAAAUUAGAGGCAGCAGAACGAGACAAUCAAAACUUGGAAGACAAAGUGCGUUCUCUAAAGACAGACAUCGAGGAGAGUAAAUACCGACAGCGCCACCUGAAGGGGGAGUUGAAGAACUUCCUCGAGGUUCUGGAUGGAAAGAUCGACGACCUCCAUGACUUCCGCCGAGGACUCUCCAAGCUAGGCACAGACAACUAGGCCAGGCGGAGCCUGGGUCCUGAGUCUCCAGUGUGUGUGUGAGAUGAAGUAGGCAUAGGAUGUUCUCCAUUUCUGUUGCUUCUGUAAAUGCAGGUGCAGUCUGUCUGUCUCCAGACCAGUUGUGCCGUCCACCCACUCCUCCAGAACAGUAAAUCUCUCGCGUCUCUGGCCUUGGGAGGUUGUGGACAACCGGAAGCUUCUGACUCAGGAAUCCAGAACUUGGUCUACCUUAGCCGUUUACGCAGUCAGGGCAGGGAUGUUUAUAUCUUUUUUUUUUUUUUUUUUAAGGGCUGUUGCAACCCUGUGAACUGAGGGGGGAGAGUAUUUUCUAAUCCAAGUAUCAAUAUCCUCUAUAACAGGCCACUGGGCGCCUUCUGUUGCGUAGCAUUCAGGAUGUGUGACUCUCCGCAGAUUCCAGUCCAUGAGCACAUGGAGGGAGUGUCUUUUCUCGGUAUGCAUUUGGAUGCUUUAGCAGAUGUAUCUAACCUUUUGAUGUUGUGAUACAGCAUCAUCAUCCCCAAAGUUCACACUCAAGGACUGAAAAAUUGGCUUACCCAAAAAGAAAUAAUUAUCAAAAAAACAAACAAACAGACAAAAAAACAACUUACAAUGUUUUAAGUAAAUUUACUGUUUUGUGUUGGAGCACAUUCACAGUUAUCCUUGGCUGCAUGUGGCCCUUGGGCUGUAGGCCAAGCCUACCUAGUUGAAAGGAACCAUUUAGUGGAGAGACGUAUCCAGAGGGAAGAAAACACAGAAGUUUUGGGGUACACCUACAGAUAGGGGACCACUUGUACCCACUGUGCCCCAUCUUCCCCUGAUUUGUAUGGUUGCGACAAUGUUCCUUUCCUUGUUUUUUUGUUGGUUGGUUGGUUGGUUUAUGUUUUGUUUUUAUUUCAGAGCAUAUGCUUACGCUGUGGGAACAGAUGCAGGAGGGUCCUUCACACAGUGCCGGGCACACAAUAGGUGCUUAAUAAACAUUUGUUCAAUUAAACAUAUAAACAGAAUUUAGUGUUUUCCUCAAAGCCCACAGCAGAGUUGAGACCCCGGUUGAAUCCGACAUCAUCUUUGUUGUGCUGAAGUGAUCAGGAAUGAGUGCAGUCUACUGCAGCAAACCCCAGACUUGGCUCUGAGGCAGGCUCAGUGGCAAUGGAGGCAUCACAGACUACUCUGAGACCCUCCUGCAGGGAGGCCAGCCCUAGAGGUCAUCGCCUUUGGGACCACCUUCUCUUCUAGGCAGAGGACCCAUAGUGUGAGGCUUCUAGGUUAGUGGGAGAGCCUGGUAUAGGAGCUAACCUGGGCUUAGAAGCUCGCCUGGGUUCCUAUAAUGGGUUUGAACAAUUGAGAAGAUAUCCCUACAGGCCAUGAGGGUAAGAGAGCUGCCCAGGAGGCCGCCCUUGACCUUAGUGACAGAGCAUCUCUGUUCUACCCAGGUCUGCCUUUCCUUUCUUAGUUCCUGCUAAGGAAGGACCUGGAGCCAUGCAGCUCUCCUCUCAGAGACUUCUUAGUGUACCAUUGGGCAUUCAGGCCUGAGGUGUCCUUCCUUAGGGGAGAUUGUCCAUGGGAGACAAGGGGUUUUAUGUCCGGACCCCCAACACUUCUGAAUGCCUUGGGCAAGGGGAACUUUGGUAUUCCCUGCCUCUCUAAGAACCCUCUAGACAGGACUUCACACAGAGUAGAAAUUCUUCCUCUUGACUUUGCAUGAAUGAGAAAACAGCCUGAGGAAGGGGCUGGGGCCGGUAUGUUCGUGACCAGGCCCUGUGGUGAUUUCCAAGUCCUCAUCUUUCCUUGCAGUAGCUGAGCAGUCACGCUGAGCAAGGGACUCAAUUGGGAUAGGAAAGGAAGGCAGGCUGGCGAUAUGGAAUGCUGAGGUAGGUUAAGGGGAACCCGUCAAGUGAAGGUGUCUUGUGCAACCAGAGUGGUCACCUGUGGGGCAAUUCAGCCCGGGCUGCUGCUGGCCCUGCCCUUCCCCACAACUCCCAAUAGGCCUCAAGCCGGUUGUAGCUCUACUGGUACACUAGGAGAGCAAAGACUGGAUUGGCUAUGACCCAGCUUGGGGUGAGGAGGGCUCUUCCUAGGGCAUCUUGGCCUCCCUGUCUGUCAGCAGCCUAGGCACAUGGCUGCCCAAGAGCGCUGGACACUAGGAUCCUGAGCUUAGGCUUCAGGUGAGCCUCUGUCUACGGUGACGUACUCAUCUAGAAGGAGCUCUCUUGGCGGCUGGGGUGGGAGCUGGUGACAUGGUGACGUAUGACGAUAGUUGCCAAAGCCCCUUCUUCGUCCUCAUGGCAGUGACUUCCAAAAGUGACAAAAAUGGGAAUGUAGAAAGCUCUGGAAGUCAUUACUGCAGAGGGCUGGCUGUAAGGUUGAGACCAUGAUCUCUACUGUUAGCCGCUGAGAAGUUUGGCAAGCUUCUUGUAGCCAGUAGGUGGGGGAAAACAGAGUCUUUGUGCUGUUAGACUCAGGCAUCCCCCAGACCGCCACAACCCAGGAGCCUAAGAGCGAGCCUAGGGGCUCCCCUAAGGGUGAUUUAGGCUCCACAGCGAACCCACAAAACUAAGUAACCGCUGACCUUCCCUUCCAUCUGCUUUCUCUAAAGAGCUCACGUUUCUUCAUUUGAUGUCUUUUUAAGAACAUCAUGACCCAGGAAUAGCCUGAAUGGUCAACAGGAGACUGGCCCCGUCGACAGCCUCUGGCUCUGUACAGAGCAGAUGACCCACUGAAACUGGUCAGUAUCCACCCACACCGGUAUGACACGCCUUCAGUGAUUGUCUGGGACUGUUGUCGUGACCUCAGACCCUGUGCAGGUGGGUGUGAGCUCUCUCCUCCCAGCGGUUACCGCUGCAGUGAGCCGCCUGCAGAACCAGGUUUCACGUGAGCUCUCCUGGCCUGGGCAGCCCCACGACUGGCAGUCUGGGCCUUGAUUAGCUUACUUUCUGCAGCCGUCCGCACGGGGCCUAAAAGAGGCCAGGGAAAACUCAUAACCCUUUCACCAUGAUCCUUCUGUGUCUCUAACUUAGGGCUGGGCAGGGAGAGGACCUGUUUCUGGUGCCUAAGGAAUGUGAAACCACUAGAGGGACAGAGUGGGAGAGCAAAACAGAGCCCAGGCUAGACCUCCAAUCAUCUUCAGUUAUGUCUCCCCAGGAGCUGUCACUUUAGACCUUCACUGGGUGAGAGAACUUGGCAGAGAUCAUCAACAGGAAGUGGAGGCAGAGUGGCAUGCCCAGGAGAACCCAGCUGUGACCAGCAGCAUGGGCUCUCGGGUCUCCUGACUUUGAUCCACUGUUCUCCUAUGCACCUUUGAUGUUCCUUAGAUGCCAAGAAGAAAUAAAUACCCAUCUGCCCUAUUAAAAACACACCGUAGCUACGUUAUUUCAGUGUGUGUCCACCGCAAAGGACAGCUGACAGAGGAGUGAGGCAGAAUUGUGCUCCUGUUCACCAUACGUAGUGAGGGUCGUUUUUGAAUGAUUCUGGUUUGUAGGAAGUCUUCAGUAACCUCUCUGCUCUGAGAGGCCAGUCCGGCAGAACAUAGAGCGGCUUUAAGUUCUUUACUGAUGGUUUUAAUGGAAGCACACGCAUCCUUUUCAAGAGGCAGAAGGCCUCUGACCUCAGAGACAUAAACAGUGUUCUGGCCUAGAGGUGGCCAGUCCAGAUGAGCCACAGCUGGAGAGGUGCUGACUUGCCCAGAGCAGUUUGCAUGCUCGGAAGGCUGUCCCCAGGGGUGGCUGCCCUCCAGCUGCAGGCUCCACAGCCACAGCCUUCAGGGUGUGAUGGGCAAGUGCACGCUCUGCAUGUGAUGUAAGACAUCAAGUAAAGGGGGGCAUAUGAUGCCGGUCACGUGCGGCCGCAAAGCAUCAUGAUCCGCCCGUUUUUGCAGGGCCUCUUUUUCUACAGACAGGUCUCCUCUCCUGCAGACACCAGGGCCAACUUUGAAUGAGACCCAACCUGAACCUCACAUGUAGCCAGGUGCAUGCUUGGAAAUAAGGCAGCCUGAUGUGAGCUCAAGGGAGGCUGCCCUUGAGGGAGCGCCAGCCACGGCUGUUUGCUAACAACUGGAAGUGAGUCACUGGAAGUGGCAAUCCUUUGAUUCAGGGGACCAUCACUGGAUUUUCUGAAGCCCUUGCAACAUGAACCAGAAGCUUUCAAAUCAACACCCAUACAGAUUAUGAUUUAAAUAGACCAUGACUUCUGAGUACAUGGCUUCCCCAAAGAAAUCGACUAUAUCCUGGGGACAGUGGGUGUGACGGCAUGGAGACCGAGUCCUAAAUAGAAGUGUGAAUGACUUACAUGUCUUUUCCUUACACCUUUCUAAAGAUGAUAAAUCCCUCUUUAAAAGCAAACCUGGCAAGAAGGUGACUUUGGUAGGAAUCCUGAGUUGUACGAAAUGUGUGUGUGUGUGUGUGUGUGUGUGUGUGUGUGUGUGUGUGUGUGUGUGCCCAUGCGUGUGUGCACACACUCUCUGGGGAAGGAAGCAUGGGGGAAAGCCAGGGAAACCAUUAGGAGAGUUCAGCUACAACUCCAUAACCAGGAGGAGUCUUCAAGUAUUCCUGGUGGUGAUGCUGAAUGUUCUGGAAUCCGCUUACAAGACUUUGUGGGUCUUCUGUUUUUUGUGUGAAACUGUACGGUGCCCUACCCCCACCGUGUGGCCCUUGUUGCAGAGUGACCUCCAGGCCACAGGGACCUCUACACAGCGGAGGCCAUGCUUGUGCACUUUGUCAGAUUGGCGGGAGACUGAUGCUUCACAGCUGUUGGGGUACAUUGCUGUCUCUAACCCCCACUCCCCUGCCCGGUACCAUUCUCGAUUGGAAGGCCUGGCUUUCACUCCUUGUGCGGCGGUAUCUCAUGAUAGGACAGCAGGAAGACGUCACUUACAUCUUUGUAAGACCUUAAUGCCAUGUACGGAUCGGCUAAGCAAAUUAUCUCUUGAGUACCAUUUUUUUCUAUCUAAAUGCUUUUUUGGAAUAUAAGUAAUAGAUACUUUUUUUAAAAAAGAAAAAGAAACUAAAGAUAAAAGGAACAAAAAAAAUCACCUGUUGCUCCACCGUCUGAUCAUAACCACUGUUAACACAUGUGACUCUUCAGCUUCUCCUCACAGCCGCUUCUGUUCCUUUCCCAUGCCGUAGCAUCUCAUGCACACUCUUCUCACCACUCACCUUUCCUCUUUGGUACUCUAUCGUGAAUGUACUUCUCCAUCAGGAAAUAUGUAACUACUACUUUUUUAACAGCUGCCUAGGUCAGACCUUGGAUAUUUAAGCUGCUUCCAAUUUUCUACUCUUGUAGCCAGGACAUGAUAAGAUUGUUCUGACAUCUUUGUAAACUGUUCAGAAUCUUGACUUAGAAUAAAUUACUAAAAUUAGUCUUCCCUGAUCUCCA